AUGAGUAGUCAAGGUGCUUCUCGUGGGUCACGGAGGGGUGGAAGCAGCUCAGAUGCUGGAGGAGGAAGAGGAGGGUGGAGAGGAGGAAGAGGAUGGAGCUCAGGUGGAUACAAACCCUGGAGAGGCCGUCCUUGGAACAGAGGAGGAGGAGGAGGAGGAGGAAGAGGAAACUGUUCCACCAAUAGUUCACAACACGGGAGCAGAAUUAUUCCACAAGUCAGUCAAGCAACUCUUGAUAUCACUUGUCCAUAUAAAGGAUGGAGACUCUAUUUUUCUGAAGGUUUUGUUCAAAGUUCCCCAUAUGUUGAGAAGAUAAAGGCAUUUGAACAGUACUUCACUUCACAAAUAGAUCUUUAUGAUAAGGAUGAGAUUGAAAGGAAAGGCAGUAUUUUGGUGGACUACAAAGACCUUCUCUCCAAAAAACAGAUUUCACAUACUUUACCUGGUCUUGCUAAGGAUCUGAAAGAGAUGCCUGAGAAGAUACUGGACUGCUUGGGUUUAGCAAUUCAUCAGGUGUUGACUGUGGAUCUUGAGAGACAUGCAGCUGAACUUCAGGGACAGGAAGAGCUUCCUUCAGGGGUACGACCCAUAAUUAACAUACCUCAUAUCAGCGCCAGGGUGUAUAACUAUGAGUCACUGACUCCUUUGAAAAGUCUGAGAGCAAAUUUAUACGGCAAGUUUGUUGCGAUCAGAGGUACUGUGGUAAGAGUGAGUAACAUUAAACCGCUCUGCAGUAAACUGGCUUUCAUCUGUAACAGUUGUGGAGAUACACAAAGCAUUACGCUGCCUGAUGGGAAAUACACUACACCCAAUAAGUGUUUACAACAUGAAUGCCGUGGUCGGGCGUUCACUCCAAACAGAAGUUCACCUCUGACACUCACUGUUGACUGGCAGAUGAUAAAGGUUCAGGAUCUGAUAUCUGACGAUCAGCACGAGUCGGGUCGAAUCCCACGCACUAUUGAAUGUGAGCUCACGCAGGAUCUGGUGGACAGCUGUGUACCUGGAGACAUAGUUACCAUCACAGGAGUCAUUAAAGUGUCCAGUGAAGAAGGAAAUGGCAGAUAUAAGAAGGACAAGUGUAUGUUCCUGUUGUACAUUCAGGCGAAUUCUGUCAGUAACUCAAAGGGUCAGAAGAGCAAAGCCGCCUCAGAAUCAGAAGGCCAGGGACCUUCUGUGGAGUUCUCCAUCAAAGAUCUCUACGCCAUCCAGGAGAUCCAAGCUCAAGAGGACCUCUUCAAACUAAUAGUAAACUCUCUUUGUCCAUCGAUUUAUGGCCAUUUGCUUGUUAAAGCAGGAUUGGCACUGGCUUUGUUUGGAGGAUCUCAGAAGUAUGUUGAUGAUAAGAAUCGUAUCCCAAUAAGAGGAGACCCUCAUAUGCUUAUUGUCGGAGACCCUGGACUUGGCAAAAGUCAGAUGCUACAGGCCGUGUGUAACGUGGCCCCGCGGGGUGUGUAUGUUUGCGGCAACACUACCACCACUUCAGGGCUGACUGUCUCACUGUCCCGGGAGAGCGGAUCAGGAGACUAUGCUCUUGAAGCUGGAGCUCUGGUGUUAGGAGAUCAAGGUAUUUGUUGCAUUGAUGAGUUUGAUAAGAUGGGCAGUCAGCAUCAGGCUUUACUGGAGGCUAUGGAGCAGCAGAGCAUCAGUCUGGCUAAAGCUGGGAUUGUCUGCACACUUCCCGCUCGAACCUCCAUCAUCGCAGCAGCCAAUCCAGCCGGAGGACAUUAUAAUAAAGCCAAGACUGUCUCUGAGAACCUGAAAAUGGGAAGUGCGCUGCUGUCCAGGUUUGAUCUGGUCUUUAUCUUGUUGGACACGCCGAAUGAAGAUCACGAUCACCUGCUCUCUGAGCACGUGAUGGCGAUGCGUGCAGGAAAGAAUGGCACAAUUAGCGGCGCUGCAGUCACACGCUACAGCACGCAAGAGUCCAACAUCUCCAUUCUGGAGGUCUCGUCAGAGAAACCCCUCGCUGACAGACUCAAACUUGUUCCUGGAGAGAAUUUUGACCCCAUUCCUCAUCAACUCCUGCGGAAGUACGUUGGUUACGCCCGGCACUAUGUCCACCCGAGUCUCUCUGCCGAGGCGGCGCAGGUUCUGCAGGACUUUUAUCUGGAACUGCGCAAACAGAACCAGACUGCCGACAGCACGCCAAUCACCACCCGGCAACUGGAGUCCCUCAUCAGACUCACUGAGGCAAGAGCUCGUGUGGAGCUGAGAGAGAAAGCUACACAGAGUGAUGCAGAAGAUGUUGUGGAAAUCAUGAAACACAGUUUAACUGACACCUACUCUGAUGAGUUUGGCCAUCUGGAUUUUGACCGAUCUCAACUCGGCUCUGGGAUGAGCAACCGCUCGAAAGUCAAGAAAUUUGUUGCAGCGUUAAACAAACACGCCGAGCGCACACACAAAACCAUGUUUGAGGUCCAGGAGCUUCGCCAACUCGCCAAAGAUCUGCAAAUACAGGUUGUUGAUUUCGAAGGCUUCAUCAGUGCACUCAACGAACAAGGUUACCUUCUGAAGAAAGGACACAGGAUUUAUCAACUUCAAACUAUCUGAAUGAACAAUAUGUUAAAAUGUAUUUAUUCUAGUUUGGUGUUGUAUUAAAUUUACUGUGUUGUUUUUUUAA